UCGACAACUCGUAAACUGCUCCGGCCACCAACGCCAUCAGUCGCCGGGGAACCCAAUCGCAGAUUCGCUCGUCGCGGCGUCUUCGCCAUGAGGUUCCGGUACGCCAUGGUCUGCUCCUCGAAUCAGAACCGGAGCAUGGAGGCUCACUUCCUCCUCAAGAGGCAAGGUCUCGACGUAGCUUCGUACGGGACAGGGUCUCACGUGAAACUACCUGGACCAUCCGCCAGAGAGCCUAACGUCUACGACUUCGGAACUCCGUACAAGCAGAUGUUCGAUGAACUCAGGCGCAAGGAUCCUGAGCUUUACAAGAGGAAUGGGAUCUUGCAGAUGCUUAAGAGGAACCUAAACGUGAAGCUUGCUCCUCAGAGAUGGCAAGAUAAUGCUGGUGAUGGCGUGUUUGAUGUUGUCAUGACGUUUGAAGAAAAGGUUUUCGAUUCUGUGCUUGAAGAUCUUAAUAACAGAGAGCAGUCACUGAUGAAAACCAUACUUGUGAUGAACUUGGAGGUUAAAGAUAACCACGAGGAAGCAGCUAUAGGUGGCCGUCUUGCCUCGGAACUCUGUCAAGAGAUUGAAGGGAAUGAAACAUGGGAAGAUACAAUAGAUGACAUUGUCGCUGGCUUUGAAAAACAGCAAAGGCGGAAACUUGUCUAUAGCAUCUCAUUCUACUGAAGAUACCAUUGUCAUCAGUUGCAGUUAUCUGUCAAUGUCAGCUUUUCUUUCCUCCUUAGAUUAUGUAGAAUGCUGUUUUGUGGCCCGAACCUUGGCGAUGGUUAAUCGUUUUGGUAUGCUUAAGGUUAUAUUGUCUUCCAAACACGUUCCUCUGUUUGUUUCUAUUUACUUGAAAGCUGAAACAGAACCAUGAUGAGCAGAUGCUACAAGAAAACAAAUAUGUUUUA